CCUCAUUUCAUCGAUUUCUCUUUCUCUUCAUCUCUUUCCUUCUUGCCUCCUGUACUGCAUACAUACAUCCCCGACGCUCCUUACCCGCCCACCCCGUAAGAUGAAGUUCGCCACCCUCCUCUCCGCCACCUCGCUGCUCACCCUCGUGUCUGCAUCCAGCGCCCCUCUCGUCCUCCACCGACGCGACAACGCGACUAUCCCCUCCUGCGCCGAUGACUGCUUCAACACUGUCGACACUGCCGGGUCUUCCUGUGAUGAUGGAGAUAUUGCCUGCUACUGUACCGACGAGCAAGUCGUCGGCUACCUCAGAUCGUGUCUGAGCGCUAGCUGCAGCACUUCCAACGUUACCAACGCAGUAAUCGCUGGCGAAGAGAUCUGCAGUGCCCACGGCGUCGAUGUCUCCAUGUCUGACGACGGCACUUUCUCUGCUACCACGACCAACACCGCCAUCGCCGAGGCUACCAACUCGUCUUCCGCUUCCGGCGCGUCUUCUACUAGCGAAUGGUCUAGCGCGAGCGAGUCUUCCGCCCUGAGUGCUGCCUUGUCCUCUUCCACCUCUGCUUUGGAGAGCUCGGCGGCUGGGUCUGCGUCCGAUUCGAUUUCUGCUACUGCCUCAGAGACUAGCGCGACUUCUUCUGCUUGGAGCGAAGCCUCUUCUUCAGAGACUGACUCUUCGAGCGCCCUUUCCACCGCGUCUCAAAGCUCUUCCUCUGCCGCGAGUGCCGGAGCUAGCUCUUCCUCCGCCGCCUCCGCUUCUGGCACCUCCCCCACCACCAUCUCCGAGGCAUCUUCAGCUUCUGCCGUUUCUAGCGCCGCAGGAUCUUCCGGCACCGCCAAGUCAUCCGCCUCUGGCUCCUCUUCUGCCAGCUCCAGCACCGGAUCUUCCACCGCGGGCUCUGGCCUCGCUGCUGACUCUUCCUCUUCCUCCUCCUCCUCCAGCGCUGGGCGUCUGGUGGCUGGUCCCGCCGUGCUCGUGGCUGGUAUCUUUGGCGCCUUGAUGGUCUUGUAAGAAGAAAAUGGAGUUUUUGUGAAUCUCUCGAUGGAUAAUUUUCCUCUUCUUGGAGAAAGGAGAAUGGGGGACGUUUGUGUAUUCAAAAUGUGUUGGUUGGGUAUCAGAUAUCUGUAUAAACAUCUUUUGAGAAUUAGCGGAAUGGACAUUGGCCCAGCGGGUCUGGAUGGUGGACUUUUGACAGAAAAUCAGUGCUAUUUUGUGUGCUUUAGAAAUGCAGUGCAAAUGCGGACA